UCCUGGCUUUGUAGCGCGCUCAAGAUGGCGGCGCAGCCUCCCAGCGGGAUCCGCCUCAGCGCGCUUUGCCCGAAGUUUUUACAUACAAAUUCUACUAGUCACACUUGGCCAUUCAGUGCAGUUGCUGAAUUAAUAGAUAACGCUUAUGAUCCUGAUGUGAAUGCGAAACAGAUAUGGAUUGACAAAACGGUGAUAAAUAAACAUAUAUGCUUGACAUUCACUGAUAAUGGGAAUGGAAUGACCUCAGAUAAAUUACAUAAAAUGCUAAGCUUUGGCUUCAGUGACAAAGUCACCAUGAAUGGUCACGUCCCAGUUGGAUUGUAUGGGAAUGGCUUCAAGUCAGGUUCCAUGCGUCUGGGGAAAGAUGCCAUCGUUUUUACCAAGAAUGGAGAAAGCAUGAGUGUGGGCUUCUUGUCGCAGACCUACCUGCAAGUCAUAAAAGCAGAGCACGUCGUGGUUCCUAUAGUGGCUUUCAAUAAACACCGACAGAUGAUAAAUUUAACAGAAUCUAAAGCAAGCUUAGCUGCAAUUCUGGAACAUUCUUUGUUUUCUACGGAACAGAAAUUACUGGCAGAACUUGAUGCAAUUAUGGGUAAGAAGGGAACAAGGAUCAUCAUUUGGAAUCUUAGAAGCUACAAAAAUGCAACAGAGUUUGAUUUUGAUAAAGAUAAAUACGACAUUAGAAUUCCUGAAGACUUAGAUGAGACCACAGGGAAGAAAGGCUACAAAAAACAAGAAAGGAUGGAUCAAAUCGCCCCUGAGAGUGACUAUUCUCUCAGGGCUUACUGCAGUAUAUUGUAUCUAAAACCAAGAAUGCAGAUCAUCUUACGUGGACAGAAGGUGAAGACACAGCUAGUUUCGAAGAGUCUUGCCUACAUCGAACGUGAUGUUUAUCGACCCAAAUUUUUAACUAGAACAGUGAGAAUUACUUUUGGAUUCAACUGCAGAAAUAAAGAUCAUUAUGGAAUAAUGAUGUAUCACAGAAAUCGACUUAUAAAGGCAUAUGAAAAAGUUGGUUGUCAGCUAAGGGCAAAUAACAUGGGUGUUGGAGUAGUUGGAAUUAUAGAGUGUAAUUUCCUGAAGCCAACUCAUAAUAAACAAGAUUUUGACUAUACAAAUGAGUACAGGCUUACAAUAGCAGCACUUGGGGAUAAACUGAAUGAUUACUGGAAUGAAAUGAAAGUGAAGAAAAACUCAGAAUACCCUCUGAAUUUGCCAGUUGAGGAUAUACAGAAGCAGCCUGAUCAAACAUGGGUUCAGUGUGAUUUAUGUCUCAAGUGGCGGAAACUACCAGAUGGGAUAGAUCAGCUUCCAGAUAAAUGGUAUUGCUCCAAUAACCCUGACCCACAGUUCAGAAAUUGUGAAGUUCCUGAAGAACCCGAAGAUGACGAUGGGGUUCAUCCCACUUAUGAGAAAACCUACAAAAAGAAGGAAAGAUUGAGGAUCAAACAACCGGACAUGAUUCUUCAGAUUAAUCCUGAACUGUUCUGCACACCUCCCCUGUCGAGUCCCAGCUUUUCUCCUGUGCAGGAAAGUAUUCCCAGAGUACAUUCUUCAGAAGCGGUGAAUACUUACACAUCAAUGAUUUUAAAUAAUCAUCGCGUUUCACCCCGGGCCGAACCUGAGAAUAACAGCAUGAAACGGAGACUUAAUACUCGUUCCUCAAUUUUGAAUGUAAAGUGUCGACGAGUGAGUAAUCAAACAUUUGAAAAUUCAACUUACAAAGAGGCUGAUGAUGACGAAGAUGUCAUCAUCUUAGAAGAAAACAGUACCCCCAAGCCCUCGGUGGACUUUGAUGUCGAGAUGAAGUCAGAAGUGAGUGAUGUGGAACAGAGUGGGGCCCGGAGCGAAUCUGCUGGCAACAGUGAAGCUUGUGUGCAGACAAGCUCCACAGGCACCUCCGCCACCAGCUGUGACCAGGGCACAUCGACCUCCACGCAGACAGAAGUGCCCAGUUUGGUGGUUAAAAAGGAGGAGGUCAUCGAGGAUGCCAUUGAUGCCAGGAAUGAUGGUGUUGCCCUGCCACCCUGUGGAGAAGCUGAAGGGAAGAAGCAGGAAGUUCAGAAACCUGUUGAGAAGUCUGUGGGUGAUGCUGAUUGCCAGCUAAGUGAACUGAGGAAUCAGCUCCUUCUAAUCACUCAAGAAAAAGAGAACUAUGAAAGACAGUGCCACACAUUCACUGACCAGAUAAGAGGGCUGCAGCAGAGCAUCGCAGAGCUCAAUGACCGCCUCAUCAAGAAGGAGAUGUGUCACCAGUCAACUGAGACCGAUGCGGUGCUCUUCCUGAACAAUGUCAGUGGCACGUCGGAAAGUCCCAACUGCAUGGCGUCUCAGUACCAGCAAGCACUGGAAGAAAUCGAGAGGCUGAAAAGGCAGUGUAGCACUUUGCAGCUUGUGAAAACUGAAUGUGGUCAGUGCUCCGGCACUGAGGGUAAAAGUGAGGUGGACGAGAUGGUGGUGCAACUGGAUAACGUGUUCAGGCAGCUGGAUAGGUGUACUGUGGAGAGGGACCAGUAUAAGAGCAAGGCUGAAUUACUUGAAGUGGAAAAAUCACAAAUCUAUUCACAGUGUGAAGAACUAAAAACCGAAAUCCAGCAAUUAAAAUCUACAAGUCAACAAAUUGGAGCAGAUGUUUCAACUUCAAGUACCAUUGAGGAGUCUGUGAAUUUUGCUGAUGGAGAAAGCCUGAAACUUCGGUCUCUUCGAGUUAACGUAGGACAACUGCUGGCCAUGAUCGUGCCUGAUCUCGACCUUCAGCAAAUGAACUACGAUGUUGACGUCGUUGAUGAGAUUUUAGGGCAGGUUGUUGAACAAAUGAGUGAAAUCAGUAGUACUUAACAGCUGUUUUAUGCAAGAUAAUAAAAGCAUUAGCUCAAUACUUUUUGGUUUGUACAGCUUUCAAAAUGUAAAGGAAGAUUAAAAAAAAUAGUUCUGAUGGGUAUUAGCCUGAAGAACCAUGAUCAUAUCUAUAUUCUAUGCAUUCUAACGUGUCCACAAAUCUUGUGGGCAUGUUACCACACCCUUUGAAAUACCUAUGAUCAUUGGUAUUGAGCAGCCGAAGAGCUCACUCUUUCUGUUUUGCAUUGUAAAUAUUUGUAAUUAAGUCUGCACAUAUUUUUUUAUUGCCCUAAAGGGAUUGUGUUUUUCACCGAGAAAUUUUCAGGUUGCCCUUAACCUUUGUGCAAUCUUUUCUGGUUCCCAAAGUGUGUAUUUUUCUCAGACUUGAGGGCUGUGCCAUAAAUAAAAAUGGA